CACUAAACUCUCAUGUUUUCUUUCUUACUCUCUUCGUCCAGAACAGAGACAGUUAGGGUUUAGGGUUUUUACAAUGACCAACGAUUAACUGCAAUCAAAAAUGGCAGCGGAUGGUUCAGAAAAGCAAGCGCCGGUGAAUCCCUGCUGUCAAUUGUGGAGAAGUAGGUGCUCUCAGCUACAAGAGAAGCGGAGCGCAUUGCGCCAAGCUCUGAAGCUUUUUGAGCAACAACUUGAUAAGGUUCAAGCUGAAAAUCUCUCUUUCAGGAAAGCAUGUGAAGAAGAGCAGGCACGUGCUGAAGUUGAGAAAGAGGGAAGAGAGAAAGAAUUGGCUGCAAGAGUUUCAUUGGAGAAUGAGAUAUCUGCCUUGAAGUCUGAAAUCUCUAUAUUACAGCAGAAAGGAAGAUCGCAUGCUGAAGAUAAAAGUGAGGAUGUGAAACUCCUGCAAGUUUGUGUUUCUGACGGGGAAAAGGAAAUAAAUAGACUCAAAGAGCUGCUUGAGAAAGAGAAAGUAAGGGCAGACUCAGAAAAGAAGAAUGCUGAAGCAGACAAGAAGAGAGCUGUUGAAGCAUGGAAAUAUGUUAAAGCUGAAAAGGGUAAGGCUGAUGAAGAAAGGAAGCUUGCAAAUACUGAAGGAAAGAAGGGUAAUGAAUAUAGGCUUCAGUUGGAGGCAAUGGGUAAAGAGGUUGAUGAUGCAAAAUCGAAAUUACAUUCUGUGACAUUAAAGUUGGCAGAGGGAAACAAAAAACUUGAAGCUGAAAAACAGAAGGUAACCAAAGAGAGAAAACGUGCAGAUGCGGAGAGGAAUAAAGCAGAGGAGCAAAGAAAGCUAGCAGAAGGUAAUUGGAAUCAGGCUGAGGCAGAAAAAUGUCGUGCUGAAAGUUUGUGUCAGCAAUUGGAAGAGACUAGACUAAGAGUUGAGAAAGAAAAAUGUUGUUCUGAUAAGCUUUCCCAACAGUUAGAAGAAGCUAGAGGAAGGAUUGACGAACUGCAGAAGCAGAUAUAUGACCUUCAGUCCUCUAGAAAAAGGGUCAAGGCUUCUGCUAUUUCACCUGAAAAGCAUUUGAAUGCUGACUCUGGGAAAAUGAAACUUUUGAAAAAACAAUUGAAGUUUAAAAAAAUGCAAGUAAAGCAUGCCAAACAAGUGGCUAAGUUGGAGAAACGUCAUAAUGUUCUCUUGCGAGAAGUAGUAGGUCAUUUGAAGUUAGAUCUUGUUCAAUUUUCCAAUCGCCUGGAUUUAGUUGAUAAAUGUUUCUCGCUCAAGGCUGAAGGUAUAGAUAAUCCAAGAAAGGAAAAGGUUAUGGACCAACCAAAUAUGCAAACAUUGGAGGAAGAAGUCAUUGGUGGAGAGCCAUUUCAGAUGUACCUUCAAAGUGAAAAUGAACUUCAAAAGCCUUGCCGCAGGACAAGUGCUGCCUCUGGUCAUUUUAGGCAAACACUUCAAUGUCUUGUGCCAUCGCAGUCUUUAUCUGGAGGGAACUGUUGUGAAUCCAUUUCAGGUAUUGAUUCUAAAGAUUCUAAAUUGGAGUCUCUGCUUGGAGGCUCUAGCCGAAAAAUGUUACAGAGUUGUGCAAUAAAUUCCAGUUCGGCAUCUUUUUCUGAUGGACUAUUCGUGGGCUCACAGGGAAGGGGUGCUUUUUCUGUUACCACGUCUUCAAAAUUUAUGGAAGAGAGCUUGAAUGCUCAACCAACAAAUUCCAGCAUGUCUGGUGAAGUUAACAAAAUGAAAUGCAAUAAAAAUCUUGCUGUGGUUGCUGAAGAUAGUGUUAGAAGUCCUCUUAAAAUUGCUGGCAUUGGAAGUGGUAAUGGAUCUAAUAUGAAGAGAAAGAGGGCACUUGAUGCAAUUGAAUCAAUUGAAUUGUUGCACACAGAGGGUAAGAAGUUGCAUCUACAGAUGGAAGAGAAGCUGUCUGAUUUUCAUAAUAUGUUGAACAAACAACUUGAUGAAUCCUUGGAAGAGGUAAAUAAUAUAGUACCUAACCUUCAAGAGAAUUCAUUUGUCAAGCAUGAGCAGUGCCACAAGAAGAGAAAGACAUCAGAUGAAGAGACUGUAGGUAUUCAAUGUUUUUUGAGCACUGAUGAACAGAUGAAGACACAAAAAGUUGAUGGUAAUAUCCAUGAAGAUGGAAGGGUGUCCGGAGAAGUUUCCCAAUCUACCAUUGGUCUAAUAGGAUGUGCACGGCCAUGUGCAGAGGGCAUUAGUGAUUCAAUUAUUAGUGACUUUGAAACUAAUGAAAAAUUUGAGGACAUGGCAGAUGGAGAUUUUAUGAAAUUGCUGGACUUGGAGAAUCCUGUUGAUGAGGAAUGUUACAGAACAGCAAUGGAAAUGCCUUUGUCGCCUACUCUUCCUGAGAUUGAAUUUCAAGGUGCUGAAACAUUUGAUAUGGGUAAAUCUGAACCUUUGGCAGACAGAAGUUUGCAUAAUGGCUUGUCUGAUGAAAAAGAAAAUAUGGUGCCUUCUUGCAGUUCUGAUGUCAUAGAUGUGGAGAUUAAUUCCAGUGAGUUGAAAAAAUGUGUUUCUACAACAUUAUUGUAUGAGAAUAAAGGUCCUGUCGAUUCCUAUGAUCCUCAAGUGAAUGAUGAGAAUGGUUUACAUAGUGGUAAGCAACCAGGAAAAGCUUGUGAUCAUCAGUUUGAGGACUUUGGAGUGGUUGGGGUAAUAUCGGAUCCAUGUAGUUCUAGGGAUGAAGUUCUGCCUUUUGAAAGUGAAGUUGGACCUGCAUGUAAUAAUAUUCCUAAGCCCUUCACUGUAGUAUGUGAUUUUAAGGACAAUAGCAGUAUAUCCAGAAUAUUUUGUGCCACAAAAACUUGUAUGGAUCGGUGCUCAUUGGUUAGUCAAACAGAGUGGAUAUUACAAAAGAUUUUGCUUGCUCUCAAAAGAGAAGAAAAUUUGCUUUCCAAGGAAAAGGCCUGUGUAUUCUUUUCAUUGCUACUUCUCAACUUCCCAACAGCUGCUCCAGGACAGCCUGGGAACUUUUUGAGUAGGGAUUUCACUGUCUGCUCAGAGUCUUUCGCCAGAAAUCUUCAUGCAGUAAUGUCUGAUGCUGAGGCAAGAAGAGUGUUUAAAGAUUUAUGUUUGGAUGAGUUGCUCAGUCUCAUUGAGGAUUUCCUUGUGGACGGAAGAGUCAUGACAUCCACUGAUGGAUCUUCUGCAACAUUGAGCGAAAUUAAUUCAAAAGUCAAUGUCCAUUUAGAUGGUGUAAAUACAAUGUUCUCAUUUGAAGCUGCUACAGCUGACCAGUUGGUGGCGGGGAGCAUUGUAUUGGCAUCAAUAUCUGUAGCAACCAAUCACAUUGGAUAUAUUACAGAGGCUGUAUACAAUGUUUUUCGGAUGCGGCGGAGUGAUCCUUCCCUGUUGCUGGCAAUUCUUCACAUUUUUGCUUACUUGGGUGGGGAGAAGUUAUUCGCCUUGAAAAAAGAUAGUUUAAUAAUGACUGUGAUGAAAUCAAUAGUCACAUAUCUUGAGAGAGGAAGCUUACCAUCUGGUGCAACUUCUUGUUUUCCAUCUGCCAGUGACUUUCGAACUGAGUUCCAUCCGUGUCUUGAUUGCCCAUUUUCAAAGGAUGCAAUUUCUGUAGAUAUUGCCAUUAAAUUGCUCCUGGAAAAGCUUAAGAGUUGUUCUCAGUCCAGGACCAUGAGUGUCCUUUCCCAUGAGGACCAAACUGAACAAAGUUGCCAAGAGCUUUGUAAUGUUCAUGAUAUGAAGGGUGAUGAAUCAUGUUUCUUAAAAAAGUAUGAGAUGCCUGCUUUCCAAUCAGAAUUUGUUGUCAAUAUGACUUUGUGCCACGUGACUGAUGUUCUAUCAUUGGUGGAACUGCUUGCAUGCAACAUGAGAUGGGAUUGGACAUGUACUACAAUUAUCCCUGAACUGUUGAGAAUACUGGAAUCAUCUAUGCAGGAGAGCUUCACUGUGGCUAUUGUCAUUCUCCUGGGGCAGCUUGGAAGACUUGGAGUUAAUGCUUGUGGGUAUGAAGAUAAAGAAGUUGAGAGCUUGAGAAGCAAAUUGUCUGCUUUUCUGCAGCGGGAUACUACCACUAGAGCUGGUCUUCCAAUUCAAAUUGCCGUUGUUUCUGCUCUGCUUGGGCUUCUUUCUCUGGAUUUUAAACAAAUCAUUCAGAUUAACACGAAGUGUCCAACCAUUGCAAGUCAGUCAGUUCCAGCUGAUCAUAUAAGAAAAUGGUUUUCAUCUCUGAGCAAGGAGAAUCAGGCCUUGUCAUUCAGCCUUUUGCAGUGCCCUGAUUUUGUUACAAAACUCUGAUUAUAUAGUUCAAGAACCGUAUAUAUCUACUGCCCGGGUACUCAGCAUUUUGACGUGGGAUGGAUGCCUUUAUUGAAGUUAUAUUUAUUAUUAACUAGGAUCAAUGCAGAAAAUUUUGAUGAUUUCUCCAUUUGAGAACAGAGUAUCUUCCUGUAAAUUAUGAUUUUGAAUCACCGAGAAAUUUUGAAAGAAAGUUGAUGAGGCCUUUUAUGUUUCAUUCCAUGAGUAAAUCUGUAAAUUUUUUUGCCUUCCAUGUACUAAAAUUUUGUAUUUCUGAUGCUUUGCAAUGGUCAAGGUAGCUUUCUACCUUUUGUGAAA